GCAUGCGUGUGGGCUGGAAAGGCUUUAAUACUAGAUCAGUGCAAACUGCUUGUGCGGCUGAGCUCCAUCCAUCAUGAUGCGGGGGGAAUCCGGAUAUUGAUUGCAGUUUUUGGGGAGAAGCUGUCAAAGUUUACCCGGAGGCUCUGCAGGGCCAGAGUGGUCACCAUCCGGCCAGCCUGCACGGACUCUCCGCUCCCAGUUUGUCAACCUGCUGACUCGCAUCUUCUGAUCGUCGCGUCGGGGUCCAGUGAUAACUUCACUUGGUAACAAGUUCGGAUGUGGCAAGCAAACUGCAGACGGAUGCAUAAUAUAGCAGACUGGAUAUCCGGGACAGUGAUGGGAGGCUGUGUGGGGAGGAAUAGGAUGGAUGGACAAGGGAGUGCCCCAAGCUCGACAAGGAGCAAAAAACGUGGAGGACGCAAUGAGCCCCUCAAGAAGGAGCGUCCAAAGUGGAAAAGUGAGUACCCAAUGACGGAGGGCCAGCUGAGGAGUAAAAGGGAUGAGUUUUGGGAUACUGCUCCAGCCUUUGAUGGACGGAAAGAGAUCUGGGACGCACUCAGAGCAGCGGCCCUGGCUGCAGAGUGCAAUGACCUGGAGCUAGCACAAGCUAUAGUGGAUGGAGCCUGCAUUACUCUGCCACACGGCUCUCUCACAGAGAGUUAUGAUGAACUGGGCAACCGCUAUCAGCUCCCGGCCUACACUUUAGCCCCACCUGCCAACCUCAUCACUGAAACGUCCAGUGACAGCAAAAGUUCUGAAUCCACACAAAAACAAACUCAAGCACCUCCAUGCAGACAAGAGUUCCAACUCCGGGUGCGAUUGUCAACAGGAAAGGAUGUGCGUCUGACAGCCAGCAUGGCCGACUCCAUCGCUGAGCUCAAGAAGCAAUUGAAAGAACAGGAAGACAUUGACGUGACCCGCCAAAGGUGGUUCUUUUCUGGGAAGCUCCUGACUGACAAGACUCGUCUGCAAGACGCCAAGAUCCAGAAGGACUUUGUCGUCCAAGUGAUUGUUAAUACGAACCCUCCUGUCAAAGGUAACUGAGGAGUGAGACACAGGGCCACGGAGUGAAGAAAAUAUAAAGGACGUGCCAGAGAGGGCUGCAGGAAUAGGAGUAGAGCUUGAAAUCGUUUUCAAGUUGGUAUUGCAGUGGAAUUUUGUGUACAUUUUUAUAUAAGAAAAUAUUGCUUUUAUAUUGCUCCUUUUUGUAUUUUUUCCUUUUUUCCAAAUGAAGCAAGAAUAUUAAAAAGCACUGAAACACUUUAGAUUAAAAGUAGAAUCCUAAGAUGCACAUCCCAGUGUCUGUCUGUCCGUCUGUUUGUGUGGACAUCAACUCACAGCUCUAUUGUUUACACGCCUCCUUGUCAUGUGUAUUAUUUGUGCUUAUUGAUAAACGGAAUAUGG